AUGUUUGUUUGUGCUUUUAAAGUGUUUUGGGAGUCCCACCAGCGAUGUAAGGCCCACUUUGUGAGCCUGCAGCGAUGGUGGGACUAUGGGAAAGUGCAGAUAAGGCAGCUGUGUCAGGAGUACACUCAUGGUGUCACAAGAGACAGGGCCCGGCUUGUGAAGGAGCUGGAGACUACAGUGGUAGAACUGCAGCGUUUAGCAGUUUCUACAGGAGAACGGGGGUGUUUACAGUCCCUCAAAGCACAAAAGUCGGCCUUGGCCAGCCUGCUGGGCACCUCUGCACAGGGGGCUCUGGUCCGGUCCCGCCACAUGGAUCUGACCCAGAUGGAUGUACCCUCUCAGUUCUUCUUCAGUCUGGAGGUAAAGAACGGGCAGAAGAGGAUCAUCCAGUCUCUGCGCUCGGACGGCGGUCGCCUCAUCACCUCUGCCGAGGUCAGGAGCUUUGCCGCAGGCUUUUAUGAACAUUUGUAUAGCUCUGAGCUGCGUCCCGGGUCUGUUAUGGGAGGCCGGUUUGGGGACGGUCUGCCUCAGGUCAGUGAUGAGGACAAUAUGAAACUGGAGGCCCCACUGACUCUGGCUGAACUUGGGCUCUGCGGUGGGGAGUCUAAAACCAGGCAGAGCUCCGGGCAUAGACGGACUUUCGGCCGAUUUUUACAAGGCCUUCUGGGACGUCUUGGGGCCAGACCUUCUGGAGGUCUUUAUGGACAGUCUGGAGAGCGGUCGUUUGCCCCUGAGCUGCAGAAGAGCAGUACUGACUUUGCUCCCAAAGAAGGGUGA